AUGAGCGAACAUUUUGUCCAAAAACUUUUCGAUCAUACGUUGUUUCAAGACAAUACUAUUCAUGGUUGUGGUUUAUUAGCUCGUAGUCUUAUACAAGCACAACUAGUAUCACCAUUUUAUACACCUGUUUAUGCUACAUUAGUAUCUGUUAUAAAUAGAAAGUUUCCAGAAAUUGGUGAAUUAAUUCUUCAACGUCUUAUAAUAACAUUUCGACAUACAUAUCAACGAAAUGAUAAAACUAAUUCUUUAUCAGCAAUAAAAUUUCUUUCCCAUCUUAUUGAUCAAAAUGUUUUACAUGAUAGAAUUCUAUUACAAAUCCUUAUUCUUUUACUUGAAAAUAAAACAAAUAAUAGUGUUCAAUUAGCUAUUAAACUUAUAAAUGAAUGUGAACAACAAUUAUCACAACCUAAUCCACGUGAAUUAGAUUUGAUUUUUACAACAUUAAGAAAUUUAUUACAUGAAGCAUCUUUAGCAAAACAUACACAAUAUAUAAUUGAAGUUUUAUUUGCUGAAUGA